ACACUGGGCUUCUGCUCACCCUUCCUCCAGGUGACUCUCAGCCAUGAAGACACUUGUCCUUCUCUCUUCCCUUGUCCUGCUGGCUUACCUGGCCCAGGCUGAUUCCAUCCCUGAAGCAAGUGAGGAGAAUAAAAAUGAGGAUCAGCCCGGAGUAGAGGACCAGGAUGUGUCCAUCUCCUUUGGAGGCCCAGAAGGCUCUGCUCUUCAAGAAGCAGCCUCAAGGAAGCUCUUGACAUGCUACUGUCGAAGGCGAUCCUGCAAAAUACUAGAACGCAUCAGUGGGAUCUGCACCAGGGGUAGGAAAACCUACGUGUUCUGCUGCCGCUGAUCAUGGAGACCAGAAACAACAAGAUGACCAUCUGAGGCCCAAGAGAGGCCUCUGAUUAACAUUACCCUCGUGUUUCUCCUUUGUCUCCAUUAAAUUUCUUGCAUUAUG